GUCAGAUCUAGGGACCAUGCCGUCCCAGGCACAAGGAUAAAAACCAUCGGGCCCAAGUGCCAUCCAUAUUCCAUCUCUAGUUUUUCCUCCACAAAUUGGGAUUCAUCCUGUUGAAAAGCACGGUCUAAGAGCAAGGGAACAAAAAACCAUGUUAUCACAUAAUACCAUGGUGAAGCAGAGGAAACAGCAAGCAUCAGCCAUCAUGAAGGAAAUCCAUGGAAAUGAUGUGGAUGGCAUGGAUCUAGGCAAAAAGGUCAGCAUUCCCAGAGACAUCAUGUUGGAAGAAUUAUCCCAUCUCAGUAACCGUGGUGCCAGACUAUUUAAGAUGCGACAAAGAAGAUCUGAUAAAUACACAUUUGAAAAUCUCCAGUAUGAAUCUAAAGCACAAAUAAAUUACAACAUUGCUAUGCAGAAUGAGAAAAUGGAUGGAAGCAACCUGGAAAGUGGUUCACAGCAAGCCCCAUUUACUCCUCCCAACACCCCGGAUCCACGAAGUCCACCAAAUCCUGAAAAUAUUGCACCAGGAUAUUCUGGACCACUGAAGGAAAUUCCUCCUGAAAGAUUCAACACCACAGCUGUCCCUAAGUAUUAUCAGUCGCCCUGGGAACAGGCCAUUAGCAGUGAUCCGGAGCUUUUAGAGGCUUUAUACCCUAAGUUUUUCAAGCCUGAAGGAAAGGCAGAACUGCCUGAUUAUAGGAGCUUUAACAGAGUUGCCACCCCAUUUGGAGGUUUUGAAAAAGCAUCAAAAAUGGUUAAAUUCAAGGUUCCAGAUUUUGACCUACUACUUUUAACAGAUCCCAGGUUCAUGGCCUUUGCCAAUCCUCUUUCUGGCAGACGGUCCUUUAAUAGGACUCCCAAGGGAUGGAUAUCCGAGAAUAUUCCUAUAGUGAUAACAACUGAACCUACAGAGGAUACCAAGGAUACCACCAUACCAGAAUCAGAAGACCUAUGAAAAGAAAGUUGUAUGUGCCACAAAAACCUCUGAACAUAAAUGUUGCUGUUUUACUAUUCUGCUUACUGACAAAGCCAUUUACACUCUUCAUUAGUAGCAAUAAUUUAAUAGCAAUUUAGCAGUUUUCCUCUUAUGGCAUCUAAUUUCAAUCUCAGAUCAAAUACUAAUAAAUAACUCAUGAUCUUAUUUUACAAACUUUAAACUCAGUUGUCUUCAUUCAUAAUCUUUUUUUCACCUCGUUUAAGUGAUCCAGCCUUUUCAUUAGAAAAUCUAGAAAAGUAACUGACAACAAAGGGUUUCAUUUUUCUUGCCUUUAAUAUGAGCUAUUACUCAUGAAAAUGUUUUUCAAAUGAAUCUAGAAUGAAAAUAUAGCACAAGAUAUUUAAAUUAAUUCAGAGUUUUAUUUAAGGGAUAAAAGCUAUAGAAGCUGAUAUACAAACAUUACUGAUGCAGAAAAGGGUUGGAUUCUACUUUUCUGACAAGCUUCAAACAAGCUUGUCUGGAUGAAGUCUUUUCAUUAGUCAUUCUUAGAAUUUCUAAAGUGCUUUGUAUUUUUCAACGUGCUUUGAAUCAUUAGGUAAUUAUUCCAGAUGACAUCAUUCUUCAGAGUUCAGUUGGGUUAUUAUUUUUUUAGUAUUUAGUCAAGGAGACUGAGAGACAGUUACUCAAAGAACAUCAUACUGUUGCAGUUUUCAUGACCAAGGGAGAUGGAGCGGGAGAGGGAAUUCAAUUCCACCAAUCCCAAUGUUGUGCAUUGAUCAGUUCAACUUUACGCAUUUUUUAAAGAGUAGUAACAAAUAAAACACAUGCUAAUAUACAUACAAAUACAUGUAUAUGAGAGAGGGAAAAAGAGUGUGUAUUUAGAACUGGCAGCUUUCUUCACUAAGUCUUUGAAUUCUACUCAAAUCCUUAAGCACUAGGGAGUACAUGUCAUAAAACACACAGGAAAACAAGAAAUGGAAGAACAUAAAAGCAUCUAGAAGUAAAAUAGCAUGCAUCUAUCAUGAAAUAUAUGAAUAUAUUGGUAUAAAAGACUCAAACUAAUAUAAAGUUAUAGACAUAUCUUAAAACAUGGGUGAGGAAGUAUAUGACAUGGGACUGGUAAGAAAUAAAUCACAAUUUAGUUAAAAGUUCUGUGAUAGAUGUUUAUACCAGAGAAGAAAUGUCUCAUCUAUAGAAAGCUAUUUGCUGGAUUAAGUUUAGGAGAUAGGAAGAAGAAAAGUACGUAAUAGGGUAAUGAAAAUACCAUGUAGCAACAUCACAUAAUUUACAGAAGAAUCUGUAUGUAAUGUUGAAAUUGGUGGUUGUUUUAAUCAACUUCUAAUCUUGAAAGUAGAGAAAUUUUUUAAAACUUUGCUUAUGAAAAUGCAAUCCUGAGAAAGGAAUAAUAUUAAUGUAUCAUAUUUAUGUGCAUUAUCAUUGUAGAGAGUUUGUAUAAUUUAAAAUAUACCCUUAAGGUAUCUUAGUUUUUUUAUGUUUUGGUGUUUAUCUGUUUAAAACAACAACGUUGGCAACUGUGAUAAACUCCAGAUAUAAGGCUCCAAUCAUGCCAUUUUUUUGUUCAUUUUAAUCUUUUAAAAAUAAGAAUUAGUCAUAUUCUAUUA